AUGGCAGCUAAUUUCUUCAGCAAUAAGGCUCGCGCCGCAGCCGCAUCCAGCAGUUCAAAGCAGAAGCCCACAGAAGGAAAAGAAGAGCAAUCGCGACAGCAACCAUGGGUUGAGAAAUACCGUCCUAAAACAUUAGACGAUGUCGCGGCGCAGGAUCACACAACAAAGGUGCUCCAGCGGACACUGCAAGCUUCCAACCUCCCUCACAUGCUCUUCUACGGCCCUCCAGGAACCGGAAAGACAUCUACAAUCCUCGCCCUCGCCAAAUCACUCUUCGGCCCUGCCCUCUACCGCUCCCGUAUCCUCGAACUAAACGCCUCAGACGAACGUGGAAUUGGAAUCGUGCGUGAAAAAGUAAAAGGCUUUGCCCGUGUCCAACUCAGCCACCCUACCGGACUAGAUGCAGAAUACUUCGAAAAAUACCCGUGCCCUCCGUUCAAGAUCAUCAUCCUCGAUGAAGCAGACAGCAUGACCCAGGAUGCGCAGUCUGCUCUCCGUCGCACAAUGGAACAGUACAGUCGGAUAACGCGCUUCUGUCUGGUCUGCAACUAUGUCACACGUAUUAUUGAGCCGCUCGCCAGUCGAUGCAGCAAGUUCCGCUUCAAGCCGCUGGAUAACUCGGCUGCUGGUGAUAGGCUGGCGCAGAUUGCGCAGACGGAGAACCUGUCGCUUGAGGAUGGGGUUGUGGACAAAUUGAUAUCGUGCAGUGAUGGUGAUUUGCGACGUGCUAUUACGUAUAUGCAAAGUGCGGCUAGGCUGGUAGGAGCGGCCAAGGGAGCAAAUGACGGGGCUGAGGAUGAGGAGAUGAAGGACCAGGGGUCCGAUGUGAUUACCGUGAGGAGUAUCGAGGAGAUUGCGGGUGUUGUUCCAGAGAGUGUUUUGGAUGGGUUGAUUCAGUCAUUGCAACCGAAGAAGAUUGGCUCUCCCUAUGAAGCUGUUUCGAAGGUGGUUACGGAUAUUGUGGCUGAUGGCUGGAGUGCUACACAAGUCCUUCUACAGCUGUAUCGGCGAAUGGUCUACAAUGACACUAUACCCGAUAUCCAGAAGAACAAGAUCGUACUUGUUUUCUCUGAAAUCGACAAGCGGCUGGUGGAUGGUGCUGAUGAGCAUCUGUCGAUUCUGGAUGUUGCUCUGAAGCUCUCCGGUAUCCUUGGUGGGUCAUAA